AUAAGUAAUAUUUUGAUUGAAUCAUUAGAUCAAGAAUUAGUAAAUCAGAAUAUUAUAGAGUAAUUAUUUAGAAUAAUUAUAUUUAUACGAUUAUUCUAUUAUAUAGAAUAAUUAUAUUUUGUAUAUUAUAGUAUAAUAUAUUUACUUUUGCUGUAGUAUAAUAUAAUUACUUUUACACUACAAAAUAUAGUAUAAGUAUAAGUAUAAAAGUAAUUAUACAAAUAAUAUUUUGCAUAUUAAAAAAUAAUUAUAACAUUUCGCACUGUAACGUGGUUUGACGAGAGAAUCGAAUGAAAUUUGUUUCAUUUAGGCUUUAUUAUUAUUUUUGAAAGGGGUGCGACUCUGUCAAUGUACAAUUUCUGCAAAAAACGCGCGCAUGCGCAUAUAAGAAAUUCAUGAAUUUGCGAUCUGAAGCGAGGAUCGUCGCGUGUUUAUUUUCUCUCUUCAUCAAUUCUCUUAUACAAUAUCAAUCAUUUGUCGAUAGUUCUAUAUAUUUGUUUUUCGAGAUAAAUCAGCCCAGCGAUCAGGCCUUGGAAUUCGUUACACGUACUCGUAAGUUGUGUUGUUAUCUUCGUCUCGGUAGCACGUUAUUGCACGAUUGUAUUAUUUUUCAGAGGCUUGGAAUGAUGUCGAAGUUCGUGAAAUUCUCAAAAUUAAGGUCGUCCACGGACAGCAGUUUUUGGGCGAAGUUCGUCGAGCUGAAGAUUGACAAGUUCAAACUUGACGAGAAAAGCAUCAGUAUAUGGGGAAAUUACGGCUUUCAGUCAUUGAAUGAAGACAAUAGCAAUCCGCUGGUAUUGGACUUUACAUCAUUCAAUGAAGACCUGGAAACAGUAGACAAUAGUUUGUCAGUUCUUUGCUGUGGACGUAUGAUUAAUACAAACACCUUUGAAGCGUUUCGUCAAAUUAAUCCUGAGAAGUUCAUUGACUCCACGGGAAAAGAUAUUAUAAACAGUAUUCAAGAUGGAACAGCGUUACAAAGUCCAUGGAAAUUGUCGUUGUUCUUAUUGUUAGCUUAUUCAGAUUUAAAGAAGUACAAAUUUUAUUAUUGGGUUGCGCAUCCUACUCCGUUGAAGUUGCCUGAAAUGUAUUAUGAAGAGUCUCCAAAGUCGAUCAAUGACGAAUUUAGAGCUAAGCACGUGGAAGAUUUAUGUCAAGGUUUUUUACAAUUAGAUAGCAGGGCAAAAAAUUACUUUACAGUUUUAUUAUCAGAAGGAGAUAAAAUGAUUAUUGUUGACCUGGCAGCAGGAGUAAAAGCAAUCAAUGCAAGUAGUGAAAAACAAUCACAGGAAUAUAAUAAAAUAUAUUUUGCAUUUUAUGACCCAUGUACAACUUCUAAUCCAGGCUGGCCUUUACGCAAUCUUCUAUGUCUUUUAUGCUGGCACUGUCCUACAUAUUAUUUUUCAAAAGUUAUUAAAUUCAUAUCUAUACGAGGGAACAAAGCACAGAAAAGUCUAGUUUUCACACUCAGGAGCAAGCAGUAUGAAAAUUACAAAAAUGAGAGGGAUUCUCUGUUUUCGAGUAAUUUUGUGGGUUGGGAGAGUAAUUUAAAUGAUAAACUGGGUCCUACUAUAGUCAAUCUGUCCAAUGCGAUGGAUCCAACCAAAUUGUCAGACAGAGCUGUUAACCUAAACUUGAAAUUAAUGAAAUGGCGCCUUGUUCCUGACUUAGAUUUAGAAAAGAUCUGUAACCUUAAGUGUCUUUUAUUGGGCGCUGGAACCUUAGGUUGUGCAGUAGCAAGAAUUCUUCUAGGCUGGGGGGUGAAUAACAUAACUUUUGUUGACAACUCUAAUGUGUCUCAUAGCAAUACAGUGCGACAAAGUUUGUACAGCCAUCAGGAUGCUGUAAAGCAUAAGCACAAAGCUUAUGCAGCCAAGGAUGCUGUGUUAAACAUCCGGCCGAGCAUAAAUGCAGAAGGUGUAGUUCUACACAUUCCAAUGCCUGGGCAUGUUGUUGGUGAGAGCAUGCUGGAGUCUACGAAAAAGUCACUAGAAAAAUUGGAGGAACUUGUCGAAAAUAGUGACGUUGUUUUUCUUCUAUUGGAUUCUCGAGAGGCCAGGUGGCUACCUACGCUCCUUUGUGCUGCUAAAAACAAGAUUGCCAUCAAUGCAGCUUUGGGUUUUGAUUCUUACACAGUACAGAGACACGGUACUCGAAAUUUGAUUAAUCCGAUUUCGCCAGACUUGGAAAUUAGGAAUCCCCGCGGUGUGGACCUCGGUUGCUAUUUUUGCAAUGAUGUAACGCAACCUGGAAAUUCACAAACCGAUAGAACAUUGGACCAACAGUGCACAGUUAGCAGACCUGGUUUGUCACAGAUCGCUGCAGGAUUAGCAGUCGAGCUAUUGAUAACUCUGCUGCAGCAUCCUCUAGGAAUUGAGGCAGAAGCGUUGGUGGGCAGAGAUAAUAUUAGUCCAAGCGAUACGGAAUUGGUAGGCUUGUUGGGAUGUGUACCACACACGAUACGCGGAUCCCUGUGGAAUUACGAUACUCAUUUGACAAUUACUCAUAGAUUUACAUCGUGCACGGCCUGUUCUGUGCCUGUUAUCAAGGAAUAUAAAAACCGAGGUUUAUCAUUUGUUCUGGACGCCUGUAACGUACCAAAUUACUUGGAAAAAUUAUCAGGACUGGAGCAAAUACUUAAAAGGCCCGAUUUGGAUGAGCUUUGUUAUGCAUUGGAUAAUAGCGACGACGACGAGGACGAUAAAAAGAUGUGAUACGUUAAAUGUGCAUAGUUUUUCUUCUAAUCAAAUUUUGGCACAUGCAGUAGAAAAUUUAUGAUAUUCAUCUCCGUCGAUUGCAAUUGUUUUAUUUUAAUUUUUUUUUUAUUAUGAUGUUGACAUUUGACAUAUGUAAAUGUAUGUCAAAAAAUCUUGUAAAAUACGUUUUAUUACAAAUAUGACUUUUUAUAUAGAGAUUUUAUGCUAAUCUAAAAAGCAUGCAAGAGGUUGUACCUCUGAAUUUUUAAGCAUCAAAACAUGAUGAAUAAAAUACUUAAAUUUUCUGAGAGCUAAAAAAUAGAGACAGG